AUGUUGGACUACACCACCCUCUGGAGGGCCCCAGAGGUCAACCCUAUCAACCACAAAGCUCGCUCCGUCCCCUACUUCAACCCAAUCAAUGUUUACGGCAGAGUGUUCUUCUUCUCUUGGUUCGGUUUCUUGAUUGCUUUCUGGUCAUGGUAUGCCUUUCCACCACUGCUGAAAGUCACCAUCGCAAAGGAUCUCAACCUGACCACCUCCGACAUUGCCAACUCCAAUAUCGUUGCUCUGACUGCCACGCUCCUUGUCCGACUUGUUGCUGGCCCAGCUUGUGAUCGAUGGGGCCCGCGUAUCACCUUCUGCGCUACUCUCCUCAUUGGAGCUAUUCCAACAGCCCUUUCUGGCGCUGCUUUCAAUGCAUCCCAGUUGCUGGCCCUUCGAUUCUUCAUCGGCAUUCUUGGCGGCAGCUUCGUGCCAUGCCAGGUCUGGUCUACAGGAUUCUUCGACAAGAAUGUGGUUGGCACCGCCAAUGCGUUCACUGCCGGCCUGGGAAAUGCUGGUGGUGGCAUCACGUACUUCUUGAUGCCAGCCAUCUUCGACUCUCUUGUUACGCAGCAAGGUCUGACUCCACGCGUGGCUUGGCGCGUUGCAUUCAUUGUGCCCUUCAUUUGCAUCACUGUUACCGCCAUCGGCAUGCUGUUCCUCACCCCAGACACUCCUACUGGGAAGUGGAGUGAGCGUCAUCUUGCGGUUCAGCGGAAUCUAGCCAAUCAUGGUGUCACUGCAGUCGUCGUCGAUGCACCGGGUGGGAUCAUGGACAAGAAACCCAGCGAGGAUGGCUCGAUCACACCUCCAUCCCAACAAGGGGAGAAGAUGCAAUUCGAGGCAACUGGGGAGCGCAAGCAGUCAUAUGACCACGAAGCCCAAAUGGGCGAACAACAAAUGCUGGAUACCGCUCGAGGAGAAGUUGUCGUCAAGCCAACAUUGCGGGAAGGUUUCAGAGUCUCCGUGAGCCCUCAGGUGCUAGUCGUUGCUGGGGGUUACUUCUGCGCCUUUGGUGGUGAGCUUGCCAUCAACUCCAUCCUCGGAUCUUACUACCUCAAGAACUUCCCAUCUCUUGGUCAGACCGGUUCCGGAAAGUGGGCAGCCAUGUUUGGAUUGUUGAAUGUCGCUUUCCGCCCACUGGGUGGCAUAAUCGCCGAUAUCAUCUAUAACAGGACACAUAGUGUGUGGCACAAGAAGAUUUGGAUUCAUCUGCUGGGCCUGUUCACCGGCUGCUUCCUCCUUGCCAUCGGGCUUCUCGAUCCCCACGACCAAAACACCAUGUUUGGCCUGAUCGCCGGUAUGGCCUUCUUUAUGGAAGCCAGCAACGGCGCCAUCUUCGCCCUCGUGCCGCACAUUUCCCCUCACGCCAACGGCGUUGUGUCAGGCGUGACGGGAGCUGCUGGCAAUCUAGGAGGUAUUGUCUUCGCCAUCAUCUUCAGAUAUCAUCCCGGCAAUUACCACAGGACCAUCUGGAUCAUUGGUGCCAUGAUACUUGCAAUUCAUUUGUCAGUCUGCUGGAUCAAGCCUAUCCCAAAGGGUCAAAUUGGUGGACGAUAG